UUCCUUAUGGUUAUCAUAAUAAGGUUCAAGAUGUGGGUUGUUAUUAUUGUCCGUGCGUCGGAUCAAUCAUGUUUUCCUCCUUUAAAAUCUGUAUAUAAGAAUCCUCGAGUGUACCACUGGCACAGUACCUGUGAGACUGCGAGAGAUCCUAACAACAUGAAAACCAUCGUAGCACUUUGCGCGCUUGUGGCGGUCGCCCUGGCUCGCCCUGAAGACACAUACAGCACCGCCUUCGACAGCUUCAAUGCGCAGGAGUUGGUCGAUAACAUCCGUCUGCUCAAGAACUACGGCAAGUGCUUCCUGGACCAGGGCCCUUGCACGCCUGAGGGAUCUGACUUCAAGAAGAAGAUCCCCGAGGCCCUGAAGACUGACUGCGGCAAAUGCACACCGAAACAACGGGAACUGAUCAAGACUGUCGUCCAUGGCUUCCAGUCCAAGCUCCCCGACAUGUGGGCUGAGCUGGUGAAGAAGCACGACCCUGAGGGCCAAUACACGGAAUCCUUUGACGCGUUCCUCAACUCAAAAUACCAAAUCCCAGUCAAGAUGAAGACAAUCAUGCUAGUUGCAUUCCUGGUGGGCGUGGUCAUCGCUGAUGAGAAAUACACCAGUGAGAAUGACAACUUCGACGUCGAAGCACUGGUGAACAACACAGAAGAGCUGCAGAAAUUCUCUGGCUGCUUCUUGGACAAGAACGACUGUGAUGCGGUGUCUGGGGACUUUAAGAAGGACAUACCAGAAGCCUUCCAGCAGGCCUGUGCCAAAUGCACCGAUGCGCAGAAGCAUCUAUUCAAGAGAUUCCUCGACGGUCUGAAGGAGAAACUGCCCCAGGAUUUUGAAGCCUUCAAAAAGAAGUAUGACCCUGAAGACAAACUCUUCACCGCUUUGGAUAAGAAUCCUCGGCUGCUGCAGAAAUAUAUGGAUUGCUUUCUCGAUAGAGGGCCGUGUACUCCCAUCGGAAGGGUCUUCAAGAUUGCGCUCCCAGAAGUGGUAGCAACGAAAUGCAGUAAAUGUACUCCUGCGCAGCGCAGCUUCGCUCGGCGCACCUUUGACGCGUUCAAGCGGCUGUUACCAGAAAACCACGAGGAGCUGAAGAAGCUUCUGGACCCAAACAACAAAUACUACGACACUUCAAAGUUCUCCAUUCAACCUUCCAGAAGGAACUUCAUCAUGAGGGCCGUAGUAUUCUUAUCUUGCCUGGUCGUGGUCCUCGCUGCGGACAAAUACAACAGCAAAUACGACAACUUCGACGUAGAGACCCUGAUCUCCAACGACCGUCUCCUGAAGGCUUACAUCAACUGCUUCUUGGAAAAAGGAAGGUGCACACCAGAAGGAGCUGAUUUUAGAAAGGCCCUCCCUGAAGCAGUUGAAACCACAUGCGCCAAGUGUACAGAAAAACAGAAGAACAACAUCAGGAAGGUGAUCAGAGCCAUCCAACAGAAGCACCCGAAGCAGUGGGAAGAGUUGGUGAAGAAGACUGACCCCUCAGGCAAGCAUCGCGCUGGCUUCGACAAGUUUAUUCAGAGCAAUUAAGUCCAAAAUUCUCAGCCAAAAUGCAGGCACUUUUCUUUUCUUCACCCAUCGUUAACGUUACAUAGAGUCGUUAGGUCACGAGAUUAAUCGCUUUUUCAUGACUACAAUGGAUUGUAAGCGUGAAAACAAUCUUAUUUUUACUCAAGAAUUAUUCGUUUCAAUUGAUGUAUAAUUUUACUGUGAUUAGACCAUAAGAGAGUGAAAAAAGUUCUUUUGAUUCAGUAUUCGAUAAAUGAAGUAGAUGCAUCACUAGAUAUGAAUAUUAUAGA